AUGAUACAGGAAACCUGGACUGAGCACUCCUCUGGCACUCUGGGAGGUCUUGGUUAUGGACACAAGGGCAAAUCCAUUGGAAAAGGCAGUGGCAACAAUGCAAUAGUCACCAGCAAUCCCAUGACAGUUCAACAGCUGGGACCUCUUUCACCUUCAGUGAAUGACCUUUCAACAGCAUGCAGCCAGAUCAGCCCUUGCUUACAAAGGUCUAUGGAUGCUUCCAGCCUGGGUGCUUCUCCAUCAGAUAUAAGGUCACUCUUGUCAUGUGAGACUCUGGCCUCUACAACGUUAAGCUUGUCAGAAGGUCACUCCCCUGGGAGUGCUGAACAAGAGUGGUCACACAGGUACAGGACACUUUCUUCUGCUCCUCCUGACCAUGGUUUACAAAAUGGCAGUGAGCUGGGGAACUUAAUAAAUUUUUUGCCUGAAGCAUCUACAUCCAGUAACUCAUUACUGUCCUACUUAUAUGGCAUGGAAAAUAAGAGUUUCCCUUACUCUAGUGCUUGCCAGUCCUCAGUCUGGUCUCAAUCUGCCCACUCCAAAAAGAGAGCACUCUCUGUAUCUCCUCUGUCUGACGGCAUUGGGAUCGAGUUCAAUACAAUCAUUCGUACAUCCCCAACUUCUCUGGUGGCCUACAUCAACAGCGCCAGGGCAUCGCCAGCAAACGUCUCCACACAGCCUGAGGUCUAUGGACAUUUUUUGGGAGUGAGGGGAAGCUGUAUACCCCAAAACUGCUCUGUUUCAGCUGCCCAGAAAGGCUUCCACAUGGCGAAUGGCAGUGUCACUUUUCCAGGGUAUGUUGAGAACGGGACAGGUGAAUAUCAGCGGAUGCAGCAGCUGGAGCAAGCCAGCUUACAGAUGGGUGCCACAAAUAACAUGGUGAUCCAGCAGGGUGUACUGCCCAUGGACAGCCAAGCAAUGGAGAUCUUGAAAAAUGAACAGCUGGAUGACUUCUCAGGCCCUAUUGGUGACAUGCCUCUUUCAUCCCUGGUGCUGCCACCACCUCCUCCACAAGGGCCGCCCCCGCCGUACCAUGCACACCAGCACCGCCAUCCACACGGCCUGCCUAGCCAUGUCCCUCCGCUGCAGGUGCUGCCUCCUGCCCCGGGCGCCCUGCUGGAGGAAGAUGGCGAGCUGGACGAUUCCAAUGGCAAGCAUGGCUGUUGCUGGGUUGACUGCGGGAAGCUGUAUGACCAUCAAGAGGAGCUUGUGCGGCACAUAGAGAAGAUCCACAUAGACCAGAGGAAGGGAGAGGACUUCACCUGCUUCUGGGCAGGGUGCCCUCGAAGGUUCAAGCCAUUUAAUGCCCGUUACAAACUGCUGAUUCACAUGAGAGUCCACUCAGGAGAGAAGCCGAACAAAUGCACAUUUGAGGGUUGCAAGAAAGCCUUUUCCAGACUAGAAAAUCUCAAGAUUCACUUAAGGAGCCAUACGGGUGAAAAGCCGUACCUUUGCCAGCACCCGGGCUGCCAGAAAGCUUUCAGCAACUCCAGCGACCGCGCCAAGCACCAGAGGACACACUUGGACACUAAAGAUUAUGCAUGUGAGAUUCCAGGAUGUACUAAGCGAUACACAGAUCCAAGUUCCCUGAGAAAACAUGUGAAAGCCCAUUCUUCCAAAGAUCAACAAGUCAGGAAAAAGUUGCGAUCAAGCUCAGAGAUUGGCCAGGACAUCCUGAAUGACUGCCUUGCAAUCCAGCCCCUCCAGCCAGCCCUGUCACCACAGGAUGCUGUAGAUAGUACCAUGGGACACUCCCCAGGGGCUGCUUGUGAUAUUUACCCAGCUGUGAUCGCCAGCACACAGAUAAAUCAAAGUGGAGCAGCAGCUGGAGCAGUGUCCUUGUCCCACCCCAGCAGCCACUCUUCCCCAGGACACAACAUACAGGGCAGUCCUCUGCAUCCUCCCCAGAUACCUCUUCUCACAGCUGCAGACUCGGAGAGGUUUGUUGCUCCAGCUCCUUCUCUUCACAUCAGCCCCCAGAGAAUGACCGUUCAACAUCCCAUGAUGCAGAGACAGACUCCACAACCUCCUCACCUUCCACAGCUUGUGGGGAUGCCUCUAAAGAUGUACCAGCCAGCAGAAAGCCCUUCUUUUCAGCCAAAUGCCCUUCACAUCCAGGGUUUUUGUGGGCAGCUUCAGACUUUCUGCCCUCCACAAUAUGCUGACACUCAGAAGAACCUACAAGACAGUGUUUCUUGCAAUAUGGCUCCUCCUGUUGACUGCUCAGCUCUCACAUCAGCAGGCCAGGGAGGGCUUGGCAUUUUCCAUGGAAGUUUUUCAGAUCAUUCUGGUAUCAAAGUGUAUGACUUUCCUGCACGGUCUGUAGGUAUCGUUGGUGAUGCAGCUUGCAGCAUGCCAGAGGACAGCAGUUUCCUACAAGUAAAUGCAGUGGAUCAUUGUUCCAGCCAGCUUUCUUCUGUAUACACUGAAGGCUAAAGUAAUGUAUAUCUAGAUACAAGAACUUGAUUCUGUUUCAUCUUGCCCUUCUGUUAUUUCCCUACAAAUUUUUUCUCUCCAUGAAACUGCCAUGUAUGUAUGGGGAUAUGAAUAGAUAUACAUACAUAAUGGAGAGGAAAAGCGUCUUCAUUUAAUCAAGCAGCCAGCUGAGAAGGAGAAUGUUUGGAGAAAGUAAGCUUUGCCAAAACCUUUGCAAUUGUUUAUUUUCUUUUCAUCUGUGGUACAGCAACUAUACUUUUAAAAUUAUUUCUUCUUUUAAUUUCUCAAAGGGAAUUCAGAGGCCAAAUAAUAAAACUGGUUGUUGGCUGUAAUCCUUUCAAGCUGGAUGGCUGCACUUACAGAAGAAUACAGCUUUAGAAAAUUUCUUUUUCAAAAAAGGAAAAGCAAAACCAGAGCAUACUACAAACAUUUCAAAGGCAUACAGUUUUUGCACAGCCUAUCUGCAUGUGAUAGUUCCAAAGUUUAACAUACGCCAGUAUCCAAAAGGGAGAGAAGUUAAACAUAUAUAUAGGCACUACCUAUUGGAGGCAUUGGUGUGGCUUUUUGGAUCGUAGGUUGUUGGUAGAGAAUUUCUUACAGGCCUCAGGUUAGGAGUCCUUUCCUUCCCUCUUUAUUUUAAGCCACACAUUAUGGCUAUUAUUGUUUUUCCAGUAUUAAUUCUGACCCUUUAAGCAUGAAAAAGGUGGUUUAAAUACACAAGAAGUUACAUGGGCUUUGUGUCUAUUUAGCACAUCUACCAGAUAAGCAUAAAUGCAUUUUAACUUUCAGUUGCUUUUUAAUUAGAUUGUAGAGCA